AUGGCUCCGUCCGGACCGAACAUGAACAUCAUCAUCCCGAUGGGCGGCAUCGGGAACCGGUUCCGAUCGGACGGGUAUCGUUUCCCGAAGCCUCUCGUGAACGUGCUGGGAAGGGCAAUGCUGUAUUGGCUCCUGGACCACCUGUCGCUCGUGGAUGGCGACGUGGUGUACUACGCCAUCGACUGCGUCAUUGAGCACGACUUCCAGCUGUACGACCGCCUGAAGAAGGAGUACCCGAACGUGGAGCUGGUCUGCGUUCCACUCAACUUCCAGACCAGGGGUGCGGCCGAGACGCUCUCCGUGGUGCUCAGCGGGAUCCCGCCGGAGCGCCGUUCGCUCAAGACCAUCUGUCUCGACUGCGACACGAUAUACUUCGAGGAUAUUCUGUCCAAGUUCCGCGCCAUGGACCAAUCGUUGAAUGCCACCUUCUACUUCAAGGACGAGCAGGACAGGCCGCUGUUCUCCUACAUCAAGAUGGACAGCGGGGGGCGCGUGCAGGAAGUGAAGGAGAAGACCCCCGUGUCGCGCCACGCCAACACCGGCGCGUACGCCUUCCGCGACGCAGCCACGAUCAUGCGGUACGCAGAGACAGUCCUCGACGGAGCCGUGGGCGCCGCGGGCGAGUACUACACCUCCACGGUCAUCCAGCGCAUGCUCGACGACGGCCAGUGCUUCCUCGGCAUCGGGCCCGUCAAGGACUUCCACUGCCUGGGCACCCCAGCGCAGGUGGACGAGUUCCUGGAGCUCGCACGGCAGGGCAAAGUGCAGGUGAAGCGCACGCUCAAGUUUUGCUUCGACCUGGACAACACGCUGGUGACGGCGCCGGCGGUGUCGGGGGACUACUCGACGGUGUCGCCGAAGCCGGACAACGUGCAGCUGGUGCGGCAGCUGAAGGAGUGCGGGCACUACAUCAUCAUUUCGACGGCGCGGCGCAUGCGCACGCACAAGGGCAACAUCGGGAAGAUCCUGCAGGACGUGGGCCUCGUGACGAUGAUGACGCUGUCGGACUUCGGGAUCCCGUACGACGAGCUGCACUUCGGGAAGCCGCACGCGGACAUCUACGUCGACGACCUGGCGGUGAACGCGCUGGUGGACACGCGUAAGGAGAUCGGGUGGUGGAAGCCCGAGGAGGAGGUGAAGGACCGCACGUCGAUGAUCGCCGCGCGCGGACACAACCACGUCGUCGCGCUCGACGACCGCGUCGUCAAGUCCUCGUCACACCCCUCCAUCCGGGGCGAGGCGCACUUCUACCAGUCGACCCCCCCGGGGCUGUCACACCUGUUUGCGCACCUGCACAGCGUGACAGUGGAAGACGGGCUGGUGUCGAUCUGCAUGGAGCGCGUCAACGGCGCCACGUUGUCGCACCUCGCCGUCAACGGCUGCCUCACUCCCGGCCGCCUGCUCCGCGUUCUGGAGGGGCUCCACGCCAUGCACACCUAUCGGGGGGGCGCGCCCGCUGACGCCGCGCUCGCGGACCGCAUGUACGACAACUACGCACCCAAGGUCCGCGCGCGCUUCACCGCCUCGCGGGAGGUCUACGCGGAGCUCGAGGGCUCCGAUGCGGUGUGCAACGCGCUGGUCGCUAAGCUGGAGGAGUUCCGCAAGUCGCUGCUCGGGUACGACUACAUCCUGCUCGACCGUUGGCCGCUGCGCGGGCAGGACCGCGAGAGCGCGCGGCGCCUGAUGGCGGUGUACGGGGCAUUUGUUGCGGAGCGAUACCCGACGGUGAAGAUGGCGGACGUGCGACUGGUGGCGGCGUCGCUGCUCUUCACGCUCAUCCCGCUGCAUGAGGUGCCCUCGAAACGGGAGCUCUACUUCGAGCUCAUGCGCACGGAGCUCGCGGACGUAUUCACCUGA